AUGGCCAACGCCAACCGUCCGCAAUGCGGAUCCGUGGCCUACCAGCCUGUCCACCAGGACGACAACCCUCCCCCGGCAUCCGAAGCUGGCCACGGCCAUGGUGGAAAUGAUGAUGCCCUGGAUGCCAACCCGGACCAGACCCUCCUUCCGUGGCCCUCCAGGGCUGAGAGACGCUGGCGCCUUGCGACCUACGCUCUUUCCCUCCUGGUGGUUGUUCUUACUGCCGUCGUCAUCUUCUUAUCCCUUCCCCUAGCAAGCAAGGGAAGGAACGAUGACGGCGCCCUUCCAUGCCCCUGCCUCCCCAAAGACGUGCCCCAAUAUUUCCAGACCUCUCCAGAGCUGUGGGCUGGUCCGACAGCUACAGGCCGGGCUCCUUUCAUGGCCCAGUCGAGGACGUUCGAGCCCACGGCCACCUUUGUGCCAAAUGAGCCCCUGCAGACGUCUCUGCCUAUUGACGGCAUGGGGAGCGGAAACAAGAGCAUUUUCAACAUGAUGGGCUAUCUUUCUCCUUACGUCCCUUCCCCCGGUUUCGGCGUUGACGAGUUCCCCCUGCCGUCUGGCGCAGAGCUCAUACAAGUUCAUAUGCUGUCCAGGCACGGUUCUCGAUACCCUACCGGCGGCUCCGAGGUUGCUGCCCUUGGAAAGAAGCUUGCCAAUGCCUCCAAAACCUUCAAACCACACGGCUCUUUAGCCUUCCUUGAGCAUUGGCAAUAUCAGCUUGGUGCCGAGAUACUUGUGCCAAAGGGCCGUCAAGAACUAUUCGACUCAGGUGUCUUGCAUAACUACAUGUACGGGAGCUUGUAUAACCCCCAUAGCAAGAUUAUUGUGCGGACGACGACCCAAGACAGGAUGCUGAAAUCCGCAGAGAAUUGGAUGGCUGGGUUUUUCGGCCUUGAAUGGACCAACAAUGCUACUAUUGAGGUAAUAAUAGAAAAAAGGGGAUUCAACAAUUCUUUAGAGGGAUCAUUAAAUUGUCCUAAUGCAUACACCAAAACACCUGGAAACGAAGCCCGCAAGGCAUGGACACACAAGUAUCUUCAACUCGCUCAGAAACGUUUCCAGUCCAUGACGGACGGCUUCAACUGGACAAUUGAAGAUAUAUACGCCGCCCAGGUCAUGUGCCCGUAUGAGACAGUUGCCUAUGGUUUCAGCCAGUUUUGCGACUUGUUUACGUACCAAGAGUGGCGUGAUUUUGAAUAUUCCAUCGACUUGCAAUUCGCUUCGGUCGCCGGAUUUCACAGUCCCACGGGUAGGGCUGUUGGAAUCGGCUACCAGCAAGAAAUCAUGGCGCGGCUUAACAAUCACACACUUGGCUACUCUGGAUCUCAGAUCAAUGUCACUCUCGAUAGCAGUACCGAGACCUUUCCACUCAACCAGAGUCUCUACUUUGAUUUUUCGCAUGAUACCAACAUUGUAGCCAUCUUGACGGCUUUUGGACUUACCCAGUUUGCCGACCCGCUGCCUGCGACGAGUUAUCCAGGGCUACACAACUUUACCGUGUCUCACCUGACCCCGUUCGGGGCACGACUAGACAUGGAGAUUAUCAAAACACCCAAGCCUUUAUCGCCUAACCGGGAUGGUUAUCUCAGAGGUCAAGAGACCAAGUACAUUCAUUUCGUUUUGAACCAACGUACCCUCCCUUUGGGCAAGAGCUUCCCAGAAUGUGAUGCCAGUCGCCGAGACGGCUGGUGCGAGCUCGAGACAUUUAUGAAAGUGCAGGAACGCAUGCCAACCUUGGCCAGGUACGACUAUGCUUGUUUCGGAGACUAUCCUCCAGUAAAGUAUGGGCAGGUAACAAACGGCGCCCCGUUGUAA